UGUAAAGGAACGAGAAGAAGGGAAAAGUUUCGCUGUAUUCGAGUCCGCGUGAGUACGGGGGGAAGCUGCUACUUACCGCGUUUACACUCCUUUUCGCACUCCGUUUUUACUGUUUGUUUACUAUGGGAUGCGGCAGCUCCAGAGUCACUGUUGUGAAGCCUGCGGAACCGCGCAGUUUAUAUGGAGAAAAUCAUGAGAAAGGUCCUUUGGAGGCCAGCGCUCAGAGGAUUUGUUCCCGAGAGGACUCUGCAGUGUCCAAGCGCACCACAGACAGUGGCCUUGGCCCAGAAUCUGGAGAUGCAACAGCGCCGUUAUCUGGGGCAGGGUCUGCAAAAUUUCUACCAUUAAGAGGCCCUGCUCCCAUCUUUGCCCAGCAGGAAGUGGAGAGGCAGGAUUCCCAUGAAAUCCUGGAGCAGCUGCUCAGUCAGGGAAUCAUCCCAGCACCCCCCAUCCUUGGAGAGACUGGGAAGGCCUACAGUGUGAUGGUGCCCCAUCCCCUGCAUGUGGGAGACACAGGGAAGCCCUUGCGAAGACCACCUGCACGUCUGGAAUCCCUGAAGACCAGGAGCGGACAGCAAAUCACCAAGGAGGAUAUUGAGACCAGGAUGAUGAGAGCAGAAGAGCGACGGAAGGCUCAGGAAGAGAUGCUGAAGCAGAAGCUCAGAGCAAAGUCUGCACGGUUCUGUGAUGCCACCAGACCCAAAGAGCAGGAGCAGCAGGAGGAGGAAAAGGAAAACAGUCUUGACAGACGAAACAUGCCUGCUUCCAGUGAACCCCGUGAUGACAGGUCCCUCACGUUGACGUCUCAGUCAACAGAGCAGCACAGACACAAGGGCAGCUACAAGGGAGAAGGGGAGGAGACAGAAAAUUUCAUUGCCUAUGUAGAGAGUGAUGGCACCUUUAAACAGGUUUGGUCUGUGCAAAAGCAUGAUGAUGAUGACAAUGAUGAUUUUUUUCAGUCCUAAUGUUACUGGAACGAAUGAUUACAUUGAGAAUCUAGUAUGUUUAGGGAGAGACUUAUUUUUACUCUGGGCUAACAGGUAGUAAAGUGUAAAGAUAUCCACUGGUUUACAUAAGGGAGUCCACUUAAAUUAAUUGCUUCCUCUCACAAAUUUUGAAUCAUUAUGGAAAAAAAUCAUUCUCAGCUGCAUGUGGAAGCAAUGGAUACUAGCAGUAGCAAUUAAUGACAUGAGCUUCAAGCCUGACAUUUACUGCUUCAAGCCCUGUUUCCUCAAACUAGUGUAAUACCUUUUAACAAAGUACUUAACUUCAGUUCCACUAGUAAAAAUACCUACCUGUUUAAGGUCAAGUACCGUUAGUCAACGUGGACAAAAGUACUAGCUAAGAACUAAUAGUAAUGUUCGAAUCAUAACUCCAUUGAUAGCUGGAAGGAUACCUGUGUGAUGUAACUUUCAUAAGGAGCUCAAUCUUCGA